UCCACCACCUCGAUCUAAGAAUUUCUAUUUCCACAAAAUUUCCCAAAAAAGCUCUCAACUUUCUUCUUCCUCCUCAAAGAUCUCGAGGGAUUUCGAAGAUGAGGGGAGCAUCAUCGGCGCCGAAGCGAAAGAUGAAUGCGGUGUUUGGAUGGGUGAAGCGUCAACCGCCGAAGGUCAAGGCCUUCAUCUCCGUGGUCGCCGGCAUGGCCGCUCUCGUGUUCCUGCGGUUCAUCGUGCACGACCACGAUAACCUUUUUGUUGCUGCUGAGAUUUGUCACGCGCUUGGGAUAGCUGUGCUUAUUUAUAAGCUUACUAAGGAGAAGACUUGUGCUGGACUCUCCCUCAAGUCUCAGGAUCUAACAGCCUUGUUUUUAGCUGUUAGACUGUACUGCAGUUUUGUAAUGGAAUAUGAUAUCCACACACUAUUGGACUCAGCAACACUUGCAUCCACGUUGUGGGUUAUUUAUAUGAUUCGGUUUAAAUUAAAGUCUAGUUACAUGGAGGACAAAGAUAACUUCGCCAUAUAUUAUGUGGUGGUGCCUUGUGCUUUGUUAGCGUUUCUAGUACAUCCGUCAACAUCCCACAACAUUCUGAACAGAAUUUUCUGGGCCUUUUGUGUUUAUUUAGAAGCUGUUUCAGUGUUACCUCAAUUACGAUUGAUGCAAAACACAAAGAUAGUGGAACCAUUUACUGCUCACUAUGUAUUUGCACUAGGAGUUGCUAGAUUUUUGAGCUGUGCACAUUGGGUUCUACAGGUCUUGGAUACACGUGGUCGUUUGUUGACGGCAUUGGGCUACGGGUUAUGGCCAUCCAUGGUUCUUCUCUCCGAAGUUGUCCAGACUUUCAUCCUUGCAGAUUUCUGUUAUUACUACGUGAAGAGUGUCUUUGGCGGGCAACUUGUGCUGCGUCUCCCUUCGGGAGUUGUGUGAAUGGAGCUUUCUGUGAUGUUUUUGUCUAAUCAUAGCUGUGUAAUGUGAAAUUAUGUUCGGUAGUCUUUUCCUUCGCCUUGCGUUUUCUGUCUGUCCCCCUUUUUUGGGGGGUACACUUUUAGGGAGGGCUGCUCAUCAUCUUGAGUUGGAAACUUAUUGAUCAGUAUGUACCAAGUCUUCAUCUUAUUUGUGGAUAUUGAAAUGGGAAUUUACAUGACUUAAAUAGGCAUAACAAGGAUGUGCUGCUCUAACUUUAAGAAUA